UUGCGCUGCUCAUCACUUCCUUCAUCCGGCUUAGUCGCCCCGGGGGGCCGAAGUUCUCCUUAGCCUAUCGUUGUGCCAUGCGGUGGUCGAUGACCUUGGGGGGGCCAGGCCAUGGCCACACACACCAUCUUUCUCAAGGUCAGAUGGGCAUCAGGCAUCAAUCGACCGUGUCUAGACACAGUCACGACGACUUGUCUUCCACUCAAAAAAGCCUGAGAGAAAGUUUGAAACCACGGCUGAAACUUCAGGGUCUCGAGAUCCAUCGUACAACGCAUCACUUCCCCCUCCAUAUCACGCCUUGGCACAUCCGGAUCGUCCCGUCUUGGCUGAUCUUGGCUGCCUGGGGCAUUACUGGGAUUCCAUAUGUUUUGAUUCCUUUGUGGAUUUGAAAGAAUGGCAUUUUGUUUAUGGCUAAGUAAUAUACUGGUCGUAAAGUGUACAGCUAGAUCGCUGGGAGAAUGAAAGUUAAAUACAUGACAGACAGUAAGGUGGU